AUGGACUGCUGGUUUAUGUCUCCGGCAGGACUCAUCAAGAAUUACCCGUACGAAUACCGACCCGACUACUACACUUUUCAAUACCCAAAGGCGUUUCGCGACAGAAAGGACCCUUGUCAUUGGGUGCCUACGCGAGACGGCCUUGGAGUGGAGUGGUUUUACAACCGGCGCUGGACCCUGAAAAGUACGGUCAGCUUCGGUGAUGCAGUGUUCUGGAUACAGUGGAUUGCUGACAACAUACUCAAGCCCUGGGGCCUUACGUUGGAAGGGGAAGUGUGGUAUCAAGCUAGCAACAGCGUAUGGCUGGCCAAGACGCUGCCCCGCGAACAGCUCGGGAUGAGGGAUCCCUUUGGCAGGACGCCCCUGAUGCUGGCCGCUUGGUUCAAGUCGCACGAGAUGCUUGACUGGCUUAGCACGCAGCUGCAGGACGACACGUGGCAGCUGGAUGCGCUUUUUGCAAGAGAGGUAUGCGCCGUGCUCUGUCCUGAGCCUUAA